AUGCCGAUAAUAGACGACAAGUCACAACACUGUAUACCUUUUCUGCUCGAGCGUCUCCGCGCCCACGCAGACCGUCAUAAAAAUAACACCAAUGCCGAUACCCCGCCAUUCUUCCUAGGCCUCAAUGGCGUGCAGGGCGCCGGCAAGACGGUGUUGGUGUCAACAUUACAGGAUACCCUCCGUGCCGAGCCAUACUCACUCUCCGUCGUGACCUGGUCUCUGGACGAUAUAUAUCUAACCCACGCUGAUCAAGUCGCGCUCGCACAAGCUCACCCAACAAAUCCCCUUCUCCAACACCGCGGCCAGCCAUCAACCCAUGACCUAGCGCUCGGAGAGAAAGUCUUCGCCUCACUCGCUGCGGAGCUUCCAACCGCCAUCCCGCAGUAUGAUAAGUCUGCAUUUGCCGGUCAAGGAGACCGAGUGCCCGAGUCGCAGUGGGAAGUCGUGAAUGCCGAGGGACAGCAGAAGAUCAAGGUUGUCAUCUUUGAGGGCUGGUGUGUUGGGUUCCGGCCGCGGGACGAUAAUACCCUGCGCACGCUCUGGGAGGAUGCAGUGAGGCAGAAAGAGAGUGGUGAUUAUCAGGGAAGAUUGGGGCAUGUCCGGUUUGAGGAUGUGAAGACUGUUAAUGAGUCGCUGAAGAGAUACAAUGCUUUGACUGACAAACUCGACGCUUUGAUUCAUAUCGAUGCGCAGAAUCUCCGAUUCGUCUAUGAAUGGCGUCAGGAGCAGGAGCGCGGUCUGCGUGCCACUAAGGGCACCGGCAUGACCGAAGAUCAGGUGAACCACUUCGUGGAUGGCUAUUACCCCUCCUAUGAACUCUUUACCGAUACACUCCGCGGGGGUGUCUUCAAGCCUACCCAGAACACCUCGACAUCCGAAUCCGAGUGGAAGGAUCGCCAACUCCGACUGGUGGUUGACCGGAACAGAAGGGUCCAGGAGGUGAUUAAGAUCUGA